AUGUCCGGCGUGGCGUCCACCCUGGCCAAGGACCGCGCCAUGGCGGCGGGCUUCGGCAGCAACCAGCGAGCCAACCCCUUCCUGGGACAGAACUUCGACUCUUUGCGGGCCCAGUGUCUGAGCAGCGGCAGGCUCUUCUGCGACCCCACCUUCCCGGCCGCCCCCGAGUCGCUGGGCUUUCAAGAACUGGGACCUAGCUCUUACAAGACCCGAGGAGUAACCUGGAAGAGACCCGGGGAACUCGUGUCCUCACCUGAGUUUAUCCUGGGCGGAGCCACCAGAACGGACAUCUGUCAGGGGGCUCUCGGUGACUGCUGGCUGUUGGCCGCCAUCGCAUCGCUGACCCUCAACGAGUACGUGAUGGCGCGCGUCGUCCCCAAUGACCAAAGCUUUCAGGACUCCUACGCCGGAAUCUUUCACUUCCAGUUGUGGCAGUUCGGCGAGUGGGUGGACGUGGUGAUUGACGACCGUCUGCCGGUGAAAGACGGCGAGCUCUUAUUCGUGCACUCGGCGGAGGGUCGCGAGUUUUGGAGCGCGCUUCUGGAGAAAGCCUACGCCAAGGUGAACGGCAGCUACGAGGCCCUAUCGGGGGGAUCCACCACAGAGGGCUUCGAGGACUUCACGGGGGGCAUCGCCGAGAACUUUGACCUGCAACGACCUCCUGAUGACCUGUUUGAAAUCCUGCGCAAAGCCUUGGAAGCGGGGGCACUCUUGGGAUGCUCCAUCGAUAUCACCAGUGCCGCCGACUCGGAGGCAGUGACGCGUCAGAAGUUGGUCAAAGGCCACGCCUACUCCCUGACGGGCGCAGUGGAGGUCAACUUCAGAGGUCGCCCGGAAAAGCUGGUCCGGGUCCGGAACCCCUGGGGUCAAGUGGAGUGGACCGGCAGCUGGAGCGACGGGUCGUCCGAGUGGAACUACGUGCAGGGAGACUGCCCGCAUGCCAACGCCGAGGACGGAGAGUUCUGGAUGUCAUACCGCGACUUCUUGCGUCACUACUCGCGCGUGGAGGUGUGCACUUUGACCCCGGACACCAUCUUGGACGACACGGUCAAGCACUGGAGCAUCAACAAGUUCGACGGCUCGUGGCGCCGCGGCUCCACGGCCGGCGGCUGCCGGAACCACCCCUACACCUUCUGGAUGAAUCCGCAGUUCGUAAUCAAGCUGGACGCCGAGGACGACGACCCGGACGACGGCGAGGUGGGCUGCAGUUUCGUCUUGGGUUUGAUCCAGAAGAACCGCAGGAAGCUCCGCAAGCAAGGAGAGGACAUGCAUACCAUUGGAUUCGCCAUCUAUGAGAUUCCCGAGCAGUUCCACGGGCGGCAGCAGCUGCACCUGGACAAGAACUUCUUCCUGACGCACGCGCAGACGGCCCGCUCGGAAACUUUCAUCAACCUCCGCGAGGUCAGCACUCGCUUCAAGCUGCCGCCGGGCGAGUACCUGGUGGUGCCCUCCACCUUCGAGCCGCACCUCAACGGCGACUUCUGCAUACGCGUCUUCUCCGAGAAGCGAAGCCAGACAGUGCCAUUUGACGACCCGGUCACAGCAGACCUCGAUGAUGAAAUUGUUCCGGAAGAGGAGGUGGACGCGUCAUUCCGAGGCCUUUUCGCCAAGCUAGCGGGACCUGACAUGGAGAUCUCUGCGGCGGAACUGCGGACCAUCCUGAACAAGAUCGUUUCAAAACGAAGUGACAUCAAGACCAGCGGCUUCAGCAUGGACACGUGCAGAGUCAUGGUCAACCUCAUGGACGAGAGCGGCAACGGCAAGUUGGGUCUGUCCGAGUUUGCCACCUUGUGGAAGAAAGUGCAACGCUACCUGUCCAUCUACAAGAAGAACGACACGGACAACUCGGGCACCAUGAGCACACCCGAGAUGAGAGUCGCCUUCAAAGACGCCGGUUUCACCCUAAACAACGCCAUCUACCAGCUGCUAGUGGCCCGCUACGCCGAGCCUGACUUGACAUUGGACUUUGACAACUUUGUGGGCUGCUUGAUGAGGCUGGAGAUCAUGUUCCGAAUCUUCAAGAAGAUGGACCCCGACGACGGCGGCACCAUCCAGCUCGACUUCAACCAGUGGUUAACCUACUCCAUGAUCUGA